AUGUCGCAAACGUAUCGCCAGUAUCAAGUGGAAAACGUGUGUUUACCAUGGUCUCUUUCAGGACUGAGGCUCGCCGACGUCCCGAUUCCGACACCAGGGCCGGGGGGAGUGUUGGUAAAGAUCGAAGCCGUCUCGCUGCAGUUUCGAGAUGUGCUCGUUGUCAAUGGGAGCUAUCCGUUACCUCUGCUGGACAACGUUGUUCCCUGCAGUGAUAUGGCCGGCAGCAUCGUGGCGAUGGGCAAUGAAGUCAAGAACUGGACCGUCGGCGAUCGUGUCAUCGCCAACUUCCAUCCCGACCUCCUCCACGAGGACGCAAUCACCCUUGAAAUGACCAAGAACAUCUUGGGCUCCACGGUCAAUGGUGUCUUGGGGGAAUAUCGACUGUUUCCCGCCCAUAGCUUGGUUAUGAUCCCAGAGCACUUGUCGUAUGAAGAGGCCGCUACACUGCCUUGCGCCGCGCUGACUGCAUAUAACGCCCUCCUAUAUGGUUUCGCGCCAGUGAAGGCGGGUGAUACCGUGCUUAUUCAGGGUACGGGUGGAGUCUCAAUCUUCGCCCUGCAAUUUGUCCUGGCUUCCGGAGCUACUGCCAUCGUAAUCUCAUCCUCCGAUGCAAAGCUCAAGGCCGCAACACGAUUGGGUGCCAAACAUGUCAUCAACUACUCGACCACACCAAACUGGCCCGACGAGGUGCUGAGAAUCACCGGCGGACGUGGUGUGGAUCGUGUUCUGGACGUAGUGGGAAAUGCGGCGCUUGGAAAAUCCAUCGCGUCCGUGAGGUUGGGCGGGAGCAUCGACAUUAUCGGCGUUCUCGGCGGACAGAGCAACGUGCCCCCGGUGGACAUUAUAGGUCCAGCCAUAUGGAAACAACUCAAGAUCCGGGGCCUGAGCGUCGGCAGCGUGUCGCAAUUGAAGAUGAUGAUACGGUUACUGGAGGCCAAUCCGGAUACAACGCGGCCCGUGAUCGACAAGGUUUUCCCCUUCCGAGACGCUGCGGAGGCGUUCCGGUAUGUGGAGGAGCAGAAACAUGUGGGGAAGGUCGUUAUCAAGAUUGGAGACUAA